GCUGAUGACUGGCUCUGAGACUGAAUUGUUAAGCUCGACUAGUGGCGUUAGCGGGGCUGCUGGUGACGCAGGAAAAUCACUCACAAAUUCACGGAAGGAAGAGCAUCUUAAGACCAUGAUGUAUACACUGGAAGUCUUAUUAAGAACACGUUAUUGAUGCUUUAGGUUGUGUGUUCUAGAGAAAGGAAAAACGUGCCUGGAUUAACGGAUAUAAGUAAAUCGUAUCUUAUUUCUGGGUUCCCCAUGAACUGAAAGGGUAAAAGAGCAAAGAUUUUACCAAAAGAGGAUGAGAGAGGUGGCUCUUGAACCUUUGUCUGCGACCAAAUGGAGCGGAGUUGAAGAACACUCGAGUUUGCAGUGAUCGCUUCAUGAAAGGUUAUGCAAUGGUCACUUCAACUCCGCCUAAGCUCCAGGUGCUGGCCUCCUCCUCUUUCAGCUUCUGGUUCCAUAGUACUGCCCUCCAGGCAGUGAUUUCUCUUGCUUCUGCUACAUAAGCAGCAAAGAUUGCAAAGAUCUGCCCUGUGCCCAGCAUGACGGCCACCACCCGGGGCUCCCCCAUGGGGAGCAGUGACAACCAGGGCCAGAGCCAAGCCCCAGAUGGCCAGAGUCAAGCCCCUCUACCCCAGAACCAGGUGUGUGUGCGCACGCGCAAACUGUGGUGUGUGACGCCUUCUCCCAACUCUUCGAAUGAAACCUCUCCAGUGAGCCCAUCGGAGGGACAAGGGCAGGGUGAUGCUCAGCAAACACAGGAAGUGGAGGAGCCAGCAUUCCCCCACACAGACCUGGCCAAGCUGGAUGAUAUGAUCAACCGGCCUCGCUGGGUGGUUCCAGUCUUGCCAAAGGGGGAACUAGAAGUUUUACUUGAAGCUGCUAUAGAUCUAAGUAAAAAGGGGUUUGAUGUGAAGUGUGAAGCAUGUCAGAGGUUUUUUCGAGAUGGCCUGACAAUCUCAUUCACAAAAAUUUUGACGGAUGAGGCAGUGAGUGGUUGGAAGUUUGAAAUUCAUAGAUGUAUCAUCAAUAACACGCAUCGGCUGGUGGAACUAUGUGUGGUCAAGCUGUCUCAAGAUUGCUUUCCAUUGCUUGAGCUCCUAGCCAUGGCAACCAACCCCUACUGCAAGUUUCACAUCUAUAAUGGAACACGCCCAUCUGAGAGCAUACCUGCUGGUCCCCAGCUUGCUGAUGAUGAACUCUUUGCACGCCCACCAGAUCCUCGUUCACCAAAAGGCUGGCUGGUGGACCUUAUAAAUAAAUUUGGUACACUUGGGGGGUUCCAGAUCCUGCAUGAUCGUUUCAUGAGUGGCCAGACUCUUAAUGUGCAGAUCAUAGCAGCUCUCAUAAAGCCAUUUGGGCAGUGUUAUGAGUUUUUGACGUUGUACACAGUGAAGAAGUUCUUUCCUGUGAUAGAAAUGGUUCCACAGUUUUUGGAGAGUCUCACAGAUGAAGAACUUAAGAAGGAAGCCAAGAAUGAGGCUAAAAAUGAUGCUCUUUCUAUGAUAAUCAAGUCCUUGAAGAACCUAGCAUCACGAUUACCAGGCCAAGAAGAAACGGUCAAGAACUUAGAAAUCUUUAGGUUAAAAAUGAUCCUUAGGUUAUUGCAAAUUUCUUCUUUUAAUGGAAAAAUGAAUGCACUAAAUGAAGUGAACAAGGUGAUCUCUAGUGUUUCAUAUUACACCCAUCGCCAUGGCAACCCAGAGGAAGAGGAGUGGCUCACUGCUGAACGGAUGGCGGAAUGGAUUCAGCAGAAUAACAUUCUGUCUAUUGUUCUGAGGGACAGCCUGCACCAGCCUCAGUAUGUGGAGAAAUUAGAAAAGAUAUUGCGCUUUGUAAUAAAAGAAAAGGCACUUACUUUAGAGGACCUGGACAACAUCUGGGCUGCACAGGCUGGUAAGCAUGAGGCCAUUGUGAAGAAUGUCCAUGACCUGUUGGCUAAGCUGGCCUGGGAUUUCUCACCAGAGCAGCUUGACUACCUGUUUGACUGCUUCAAGGCAAGCUGGACAAAUGCAAGUAAGAAACAGAGGGAGAAGCUGCUAGAAUUGAUUCGCCGGCUGGCAGAGGACGACAAGGAUGGUGUGAUGGCUCAUAAGGUGCUUAAUCUGCUGUGGAACCUGGCUCACAGCAAUGAUGUUCCUGUCGACAUUAUGGAUCAAGCCCUAAGUGCCCAUAUUAAGAUUUUGGACUACAGUUGUUCCCAGGAUCGGGACACGCAGAAGAUUCAGUGGAUAGACCGUUUCAUUGAAGAACUGCGAACCAAUGAUAAGUGGGUGAUCCCAGCAUUAAAACAGAUACGGGAGAUCUGCAGCCUGUUUGGAGAGGCCCCUCAGAAUCUCAGCCAGACGCAACGGAGUCCUCACGUGUUCUACCGACAUGACUUGAUCAACCAACUGCAGCACAACCAUGCACUGGUCACACUGGUUGCAGAGAACCUGUCUGCUUACAUGGAGAACAUGCGACAAUUCUCUAAAGAGCAUCUCAGUUUUGAUCCUCAGACAGUUCGUGUGGGCAGCCGCUACAGCCAUGUGCAAGAAGUCCAGGAGAGACUCAAUUUUCUGAGAUUCCUAUUGAAAGAUGGGCAGUUAUGGCUGUGUGCUCCGCAAGCUAAGCAGAUUUGGAAGUGCCUGGCAGAGAAUGCAGUCUUCCUUUGUGAUCGUGAGGCUUGUUUCAAAUGGUACUCCAAACUCAUGGGUGAUGAGCCUGACCUUGACCCAGACAUCAACAAGGACUUCUUUGAGAACAACGUGCUGCAGCUGGACCCCUCACUACUGACAGAAAAUGGGAUGAAAUGCUUUGAGCGCUUCUUUAAGGCAGUGAAUUGUCGGGAGGGCAAGCUAGUAGCUAAGCGCAGGGCAUACAUGAUGGAUGAUCUGGAGCUCAUUGGCCUUGACUACCUCUGGAGGGUUGUGAUUCAAGGAAGUGAUGACAUUGCCAAUCGGGCAAUAGAUCUACUGAAAGAGAUUUACACAAACCUUGGACCAAAAUUACAAGUCAAUCAGGUAGAGAUCCAUGAAGACUUCAUCCAGUCUUGUUUUGACCGCCUGAAGGCCUCGUAUGAUACCCUUUGCGUGCUGGAUGGGGAUAAGGACAGCAUAAAUUGUGCUCGACAGGAGGCUAUUCGUAUGGUUAGAGUGUUGACUGUGCUUAAAGAGUAUAUUAAUGAAUGUGACAGUGAAUACCAUGAGGAGAGAACCAUUCUUCCCAUGUCCAGGGCAUUUCGUGGAAAACACAUUACCCUGGUGGUGCGAUUUCCUAACCAAGGUCGGCAGGUGGAUGACAUUGACAUCUGGUCUCAUACUAAUGACACCAUUGGCUCAGUACGUCGCUGCAUCCUGAACCGCAUCAAAGCCAACAGUGUACAUACCAAAAUUGAGCUUUUCAUUGGCGGAGAAGCUGUGGACCCAGCUGAUGACCGCAAGCUAAUAGAACAGCUCAAUCUUAAAGACAAAACUCUAAUCACUGCGAAGUUGACCCAAGUCAGCUCCCACAUGCCCUCCAGUCCUGACAGCUCCUCUGACUCAUCCACGGGCUCACCUGGAAACCAUGGCAACCAGUACAGUGAUGGGCCCAAUGCAGAGGUGGAGAGCUGCCUCCCAGGAGUGAUUAUGUCACUGCACCUACGGUAUAUUUCAUUCCUGUGGCAGAUUGCUGAUUUGGGCUCCACAUUAAACAUGCCUUUACUACGGGAUGGAGCCAGGGUCCUUAUGAAGCUCAUACCUCCAGACAACACUACAGUGGAGAAUCUGCGUGCAAUCUGUUUGGAUCAUGCUAAGCUGGGAGAGAACAGUCUCAGUCCCAGCUUAGAUUCUUGCUUCUUUGGCCCCUCACCUUCACAAAUUCUCUAUCUUACUGAGGUUGUGUAUGCCCUUCUUAUGCCAGCCAGUGGCACUCUGGGUGAAAAUGCCAGUGUUUUCCAAUACAACUUCCUUAAAAGUGGUGGUCUCCCAUUGGUACUGGGCAUGCUCGUCAGGAAUAACUUCCUACCCAACACCGACAUGGAGACGCGUCGUGGUGCCUACCUAAAUGCUCUGAAAAUUGGCAAGCUGCUGCUCACUGCCAUUGGGUUCGGGCAUGUUAAAGCAGUGGCAGAGGCUUGCCAGCCUGUGGUGGAGGGCACCAACCCUACAUCACCAAUAAAUCAGGCAACUCAUGACCAGGCCUUGGUGCUUCAGAAUGCUCUCCAGAACAUCCCUAAUCCUGCCUCAGAAUGCAUGUUGCGCAAUGUGGCUAUCCGACUGGCCCAGCAGAUCUUUGAUGAGAAUUUCUUCCAGGCAUCAAAGUACAUUCCAGACAUCAGUGUGAUACGAGCAGUGCAGAAAAUUGUGUGGGCUUCAGGCUGUGGAAGUAUUCAGCUAGUCUUCAGCUCCAAUGAGGAGAUCAGUAAGAUAUAUGAGAAGACGAAUGCAGGUAAUGAGCCAGAUAUGGAGGAUGAGCUUCUAUGCUGCGAGGCUCUGGAGACCAUGACACUUUGUUUUGCUCUCAUGCCAACGGCCCUGGAUACACUCAGCAAAGAGAAGGCUUGGCAGACCUUCAUCAUCGACCUGCUGUUGCACUGUCAGAGCAAGUCAGUGCGUCAGAUGGCUCAGGAGCAGUUUUUCCUUAUGGCCACCAGAUGUUGUAUGGGCCAUCGACCCCUCCUUUUCUUCAUCACCCUCCUGUUCACUGUUCUGGGAAGCACUGCAAAGGAAAGGGCAAAGCAUGCUGGUGAUUAUUUCACCCUCUUGAGGCACUUACUUAACUAUGCAUACAAUAGCAACAUAAACCUGCCUAAUGCAGAAGUCCUGCUUAACAACGAAAUUGACUGGUUGAAAAGAAUCAAGGAUGAAGUAAAGGGAACAGGAGAGACUGGCAUGGAAGAGACCAUUCUUGAAGGUCACCUGGGAGUCACCAAGGAGCUUUUAGCCUUCCAGACACCUGAGAAAAAAUUCUGCAUUGGCUGUGAAAAGGGUGGGGCCAACCUUAUUAAGGAGCUGAUAGAUGAUUUCAUCUUCCCAGCAUCUAAUGUAUUCCUACAAUAUGUCAAGACUGGAGAGUUCCCUGCUGAGCAGGCAAUCCCAGUUUGCAGCAGUCCUGCCUCCAUUAAUGCUGGCUUUGAACUGCUUGUGGCCCUUGCUGUGGGAUGUGUACGCAAUCUGAAGCAGAUUGUUGACACUCUGACUGAAAUGUACUACCAAGGCUGUGAGACUCUUACAGAGUGGGAAUACCUCCCACCUGUGGGGCCGCGACCCACUAAAGGAUUUGUAGGUCUGAAGAAUGCUGGAGCCACAUGCUAUAUGAACUCUGUGAUCCAGCAGUUGUAUAUGAUUCCCUCUAUCCGAAAUGGCAUUCUAGCCAUAGAGGGUGCUGGCAGUGAUGUGGAUGAUGAUAUGUCUGGAGAUGAAAAGCAGGACAGUGAGAGUAAUGUGGAUCCCAGGGAUGAAGUGUUCAAUUAUCACCAGCAAUUUGAUGACAAGCCUUCUCUCAAUAAGGCUGAAGAUCGCAAGGAGUACAAUAUUGGAGUGCUGCGCCACCUGCAAGUCAUAUUUGGCCACCUUGCUGCAUCCCGGCUACAGUACUAUGUACCUAGAGGAUUCUGGAAACAGUUCAGGUUAUGGGGGGAGCCAGUCAAUCUGAGGGAACAGCAUGAUGCUCUAGAGUUUUUUAACUCGCUAGUAGACAGCCUGGAUGAAGCACUGAAGGCCCUUGGCCAUCCCAGCAUGCUGAGCAAAGUCCUGGGUGGCUCAUUUGCAGACCAGAAAAUCUGCCAGGGCUGUCCCCACAGAUAUGAGUGUGAAGAAUCCUUCACAACACUGAAUGUAGAUAUCAGAAACCAUCAAAACCUCCUGGAUUCCUUGGAACAGUAUGUCAAAGGAGACCUGCUAGAAGGAGCCAAUGCUUAUCAUUGUGAAAAGUGCAACAAGAAGGUUGAUACCGUGAAACGUCUCCUGAUUAAGAAGCUUCCUCCAGUACUGGCCAUUCAGCUCAAGCGUUUUGACUAUGAUUGGGAGCGUGAGUGUGCCAUAAAGUUUAAUGAUUACUUUGAGUUUCCACGUGAGUUGGACAUGGAACCAUACACUGUAGCAGGAGUGGCCAAGCUAGAGAGCAAUGAGGUUUCUGCAGAGAGUCAAGUCAUCCACCAGAAUGCACCCUUCGAGCCACAUUUGAGCGGAAGCUCCCGUUACCGGUUAGUAGGAGUGCUGGUGCACUCAGGGCAGGCCAGCGGUGGACAUUACUACUCCUACAUUAUCCAACGGCACAGCAAUAGUGCUGAUGGCCAGCGAGAUCACUGGUACAAGUUUGAUGAUGGUGAUGUCACUGAGUGCAAGAUGGAUGAUGAUGAGGAGAUGAAGAACCAGUGCUUUGGUGGAGAGUACAUGGGUGAGGUAUUUGACCACAUGAUGAAGCGCAUGUCAUACCGGCGGCAAAAGCGCUGGUGGAACGCCUACAUCCUGUUCUAUGAGCGCAUGGACACAGUCAGCGUUGAUGGCGAGCUGUUGAAGCACAUAGCAGAGAUGACACUGGUGCCAAAGCUUCACCAUCUCAAGAUGCCCUCGGCCAUCGAGUGUGGUGUACGCAAGCAAAAUGUGCAUUUCAUGCACAGCCGCAUGCAGUACAGCCUUGAGUAUUUCCAGUUUGUCAAAAAGCUGCUCACCUGCAAUAGCGUCUACCUGAACCCACCCCCAGGUCAAGAAUACCUACUACCCGAAGCUGAAGAAAUAGCUAUGAUAAGUAUUCAGCUUGCUGCUAGAUUCCUGUUCACUACAGGAUUCCAUACCAAAAAAGUAGUCAGAGGCCCUGCUAGUGACUGGUAUGAUGCCUUGUGCAUCCUACUGCGUCACAGUAAGAACGUCCGCAGCUGGUUUGCACACAAUGUCUUGUUUGCAUACCCCACGCGCUUCUCUGAAUAUCUGCUGGAGUGCCCAAGUGCCGAGGUUCGUGGAGCCUUCUCCAAACUUACAGUCUUCAUUGCACACUUUUCACUGCAGGAUGGCCCAUGCCCUGCCCCAGUCACUUCACCAGGCUCCUCCACACAGACCUGUGACAAUAUGACCCUGAGUGAUCACCUCUUGCGGGCUGUGCUUAACCUGCUGAGGAGGGAGGUAUCUGAGCAUGGGCGACAUCUACAGCAGUUCUUCAACCUUUUUGUCAUGUAUGCCAAUCUCGGUUUAGCAGAAAAGACACAACUGCUGAAGUUGAGUGUGCCAGCGACUUUCAUGCUGGUGGCUUUGGAUGAGGGUCCUGGCCCCCCUAUUAAGUACCAGUAUGCGGAGCUGGGCAAGCUUUAUACAGUAGUGUCUCAGCUGCUGAGAUGUUGUGAUGUAUCAUCGCGUAUGCAGUCCUCAAUUAAUGGUAAUCCAGCUCUACCGAACCCAUAUGGUGACUCCAGCCUGACUGCUCCCAUUAUGCCUCUACAACAAUUUGUGGCAGAGAUACUGUUUGUACGUGCCAGCUACGUGAAGAAAAUCAUUGAGGACUGCAGUAACUCUGAGGAGACGGUUAAACUCCUGCGAUUCUGCUGCUGGGAGAACCCUCAGUUCUCAUCCACUGUGCUCAGUGAGCUUCUCUGGCAGGUGGCAUACUCCUAUACCUAUGAGCUGAGGCCCUAUCUGGACCUGCUACUCCAGAUCCUGUUGAUUGAAGACUCAUGGCAGACACACAGACAGGGCGGACGGACCAGGGCAUUCGCCCGCCUGGCCGUGCCCAACGAGGAGCGCUCUCGGCCGGCUUGGGAGGCAGACGGCAGCCCCUCCUGGAAGUGUGGUUUUACCAUGGGCCUCAUGCGAAUACACAAUGUGCUAAAGGGGAUUCCUGAUGACCGAGAUGGAUUGUUUGAUACCAUCCAGCGUUCCAAGAAUCACUACCAGAAGAGGGCUUAUCAGUGUGUUAAGUGCAUGGUAGCUCUCUUCAGCAAUUGCUCUGUAGCCUACCAGAUCCUCCAGAGUAAUGGUGACUUGAAAAGGAAAUGGACAUGGGCAGUGGAGUGGUUGGGCGAUGAGCUGGAGAGAAGGCCAUAUACAGGAAACCCACAGUACAGUUACAACAACUGGUCUCCCCCGGUACAGAGUAAUGAAACCUCUAAUGGCUACUUCCUGGAACGAUCACACAGUGCUAGAAUGACUCUGGCCAAAGCAUGUGAACUCUGUCCUGAGGAGGAGCCUGAUGACCAGGAAGCUCCUGAUGACCAUGAAUCCUCCCCUCCAGAGGAUACAGCACUCUACCCUCACUCACCUGGGGUACAGUAUCAGCAGCCAAACAACCACACCCAUGGGCAGCCAUACACAGGCCCAGCUGCCCAGCACAUGAACAACCCUCAGCAUGCCCCCCAGAGGCCUCAGGAUAGCUGGGAGGGCACAGACGAGGUGCUCCCUGUCCCGACAAAAGAGUAGCCACCUUCAUCUCGCCUUCCCUCAUGAUUUAGAUAGCCAUUUCAGCGCAUGCCCAUGCCUUAGAUGCACCAGUUCUCCAGGAUAGAACAAUCUCCAAAUACACCUUGGAUAUACUCCACCAUCUGUCACCAUCCUUUCCUCACAACAUAUGCCACCCAAUAUCCCCCUAUUGCUGAGUAUUAAGAUUCAGCUCAAAACUAGAGUGGAUCUGCGUCUCAAGACUGAUAGUCACUGCUGAGCAUGGUACACAAACAUGCUCACAGGAACACACACAUGGUCAUGCACAAGUAUACAUGCUGCCAUUGAACAUCUCUUUGUGUAAAAAUCUAUCGCCUGCAAGGUGUAUUUUUCAGAGAAUGGAGAUGGUGUACAUAGUAUAUAUAAAUUUGGACAGUUAAGCAACCACCAGUUUUAACAGUGACUGCCAAAUUGUGACUAUAUUACGUGGAGAUGAGGAUGUGGAUUCAUGCCUCUGAUUGUAGGGGGAUGAAAUCUGCAGGAGGAAACUGGUCACUGAAACAAGACCAAUAAAAUUUGAUGCCCUUCAGGAAAUCUUUGUGGGGUCUUUUAAGAUUUUGAAUUGUGUAAAUCUAAAGCUGAGCUGUCUAGUCUUAUCUCCAGAAGGUCAAUGUAGGUACAGGUUCUCAUUUGGAGCACACCUAUUUUCAGAUGAGUUCUCUUGAUUAUUUAGAUGUAGGUGGAUUUUUGAGCACCUCUCUGGGAUUCAUUAACACUGCUGCUGCACUGCUUCAGUCACUGUUUUGUUUUUUUUCCCUGCCCCCACUUACACCUCCAACAAAGGCCUCAGGCCAUUAUUAAAAAAUAUUCUGUUUCCGGUCCACCGGCCGGGUGAGUGCCAUUUGUGCGGGUGAAUUUUUUUUUUUACGCCGGUUUUUCGACAUUUUUGUUUCGGGUUCGUAAAUCUAAAAUCGAACUUGACAUUUACGCAUUCCCAGGGCGUUCCACUAAGGCUCAUACUAGCCAGCCAUGACAAAUAAGGAGCCAACAAUUCCCCUGUGGGAAAUGGUGAGAGUGAUGCAGGGCGCGUAUCACAGGCUAUGAGGUUCCAAUGCUGUGAGCCUGUGUGUGUGUGUGUGUGUGAGAGAGAGAGAGCAGCCCCUCCCCUCUCUGCUCCCUGAGUGCAGCUCGUCGCCUUGGUAACAGUGCUCAGGUGCAGGAAAGAGACACAAUAUGACAAGCAAAGAGCGCUUUUUCUCAGAGUUCCCUCUCCUCGAACAACGGGGAUUUACACGGAAACGAAAAGAGCUAUUCACAAAAUUCUUGCACAUUGAGUGCUACAAGGCUCCCAUAAACACAGUGAUGCAAUUUUUUUUGUCCCUAAUGUAAAAAAUGUGGACAAUAAAGCGAGUUAAAAACGAGUGACUUUUCUGAUUUUGCAGUCAGAGCGCAGCCAGGUUUAUAAUGGGAGUGAAUGGGGCAGCGCGCCUGUCCUCUCCUCACUUUCAGGCUUCUCAUUCAAAAACUGUAAAUCCUAUCGCUCAGGUAGACACAUUGUGUGAAUCAAGACAAGUGUGACUACUACUUUUGAGAAAAUUGUGUGUGUAGAGUGAAACUUGUGGCCAGACAGUUUAAGGGCCCGUUUACACAAGGACGCUGUCGGGUAAAAACGACUAAAUAUUUUAUCAGAAGUGCCUUUCGUCUACAUGGGGACGGCGUUUCCGAGGCUGAAAAACGGAAAAAAUUGAAAACGCCUUCCAGAGUGGAUAAGUUAAAAACAGCCCCCGUUGCAUAUCCGUCUAAACUACCCAAUACGCGAAACUUUGCUCGGAUCUGCUUACGUCGGGUACGUGUUUACAUCAUACAUAUGUCAUAUACUGUACAUGCCAGCCCGGGAAGUAAGAAAGUAAGUAAAAAAGUAAGAGCAUGUCUGAUUACAUCAAUCCAAUGGACCUUCAAGCUGCUCUGGCAGCUUUAAUAAACGUCCAGGAGUCCUUCGAACAUCUAUACCGAAUCUGCACAUAUACCGUUAAUGAACAGAGGCGGGUAUAGUAUGCUCUUACUUUUUUACUUACUUUCUUACUUACCAUAGCCAGAGUAGUCAAAGUUUUCGCGGCGCAGAUGUGCAGAUCAGACAAGACGGAAGACGUUGCGUAUGCGUGCAGACAUAGCGGAGGUCUUUCACAGCACCACCUAGCCGCCUGGCAUGCACAUCCAAUUGAAUUCCACACAUUUAUGCGUCACCGUAUAGACGCAGAUUUCCUCCUUGAAAACGGUCGUGUAGAUGCGGAAAAAAGUGAGAACGAAAAUGGACUUUUGCGUUUUUGUUUCAGACCAUCCCCGUGUAAAGUGGGCCUGAAUGAGAAACUUUGAGCUACUUUUUCAAGCUCUCUACACUCUAACUUAACGAGCUCCACUGGUGUGUAACGCCAUAGACACCCAUUAUAAAGUCUGAAUUUCUCCAGAACUGAUCAUGGUGAUUGAUCUGUGACUGAUCAAAAAGUAUAGAACCUAGCAAAAAAGUUGAAUGCCAGAUCCACACAGGAGAAGUUUGUCUACGUUUUAAAGUUUGACUCAUGUCUCUUGGUGAAAGCAUGCCAGAGCAGCGGAUGUUUGAAAAACAUUGUGCGAUUUUUUUUUUCAAUUAAUUCCAUAGAAAAUGAAUGGGAAAUUGUGUGAUUUUUUUCGCGACUAUGUCGCGAAAAAAAUCGUAGAAUGCUGAACAAAGUAAUAGCAUAGCGAGUCUGAUCGAGCCACACGUUUUGAUGUAUUGUUUGUCUGUGUGCGAUGUACGGUUAUUGGGUUAUUCGAAAUCGAAAUUUGUACAGAAGAUGAAAAACGGAAGAACAAGAGUUUGCUGUGCUUUGCUCCCUAUAUGGGAGUCAAUAGUUUGCAAUGCAUAGCACUGCAUCACUAAUAAUAAACUCCUGUGCACGCAGUUCCCAGGAUUAAAUGUAUUUUCCACAGACCAUUUAUUUAUUCACUUUACUCAAAUACAAAGUAAAAUGGCAGUAAAUCAUCUUUCUUUUCUUGCGUAUUGCAUCAUGAGGCGUUCCUGGCUUGUAAAUCUCUUAUUUUCGGUGCAUGACACAUUCACGCAACUGAGCAUGCUAUGAAUUAACAACGACAACGGUCUGCAGUGGGGCUACACAAACACUCAGCGAACAUUUCUCCAUUUGUGUAUGAAAAUACACUCCAAUGAUUCAGUUUGGUUUCAUUUGCAACCAACGGUGUCUUUUGAUGCCAGCACGUAAUUGAACGAGAGAAGACUGGUUUACUGGAGACAAAAUAAGCGUUAUCUCUGCUUCUGUUCCCUCCGAUGUCGCCUGCGACAGCCCCGACACACUACUGCCUCCGCCGAGUGCGCGCGCACACACCGCAUGUUGGGGCCGCGGAUGAGUUACUCUCCCUUGAUCAACGAAGUCGGCGGGUAAUUUGUGGUUAUUAUCGGGACAAACAGCGCAAAUCACAACAUAAAUGAGUGCGGUUCAGUUUGACAUUGUCAGUCCGUUAGAUAAACAUUUAAUUUUAUUAAAAUCGAAAAUUAAUACUUAGAGCCUGUGGGCUACAAAAAUAAUAGUCAUUAAAGUAGCCGGCUGGACUUAAUUGUGUAGUCGGCUGUAUGGCCGGCAGCUGGCGCUUGUGGAAAGCCCUGUCAAAUCAGCUCUGCGCAUGCGCCGUGCGGCACAAAAAAAUGGCAGCCACCAUGAAGGAAGGAGAUCUGGAGUUUUCAAACAUUUGCUUAAGUGUGAAAUCGCAAAAUGGUACUCUAGCGAACAACAAAAUAGUAAAGAUUCAGAAAAACAAAUCAUUCAAUGAUCAUUUUAAUAGUGUCAUUUCAUCCGAACUAGGCCUAACGGUCAAUUUAGAACUACAAAAAGUCCGUGUGUCGGACAUUUUAAGUACCUUUGUAAAAGUUUUGCAAAUGUUGCAGUCAGCAUUUAAAAUGCUAACUUAGUUUUUGUACAAGUUUCAGUUGAUUAAACGGUCCUAUUUUAUUAAAUGUGUCUGCUUUCGUAAUAAAAAAAGUACUGAAAGAAAAAGCAAACACAGCAUUGCGAUUUCUUAUCCAUCCAUUUAAAAAAUAAAUAAAUAAAUAAAUAAAUCCCUCCCUCCCUCCCUACUGAAUUUUUUUUUGCUCACCCGGUGGACAGGAAACGGAUUUUCUUUUAAGGAUGGCCUCAGUUGCGGCCAACAUAAGGCGAAAUGGUGUAUUUUGUCAUUUGCUUCAGGACUUAAAUGAAAAGUAAAGUGACAAAAAAAAACAGAAAAAUGCUACACUUUGGCAAUUUCACUGAAUAAAAGAUUAGCUUUCAGCUUGAUUUGCCUAGAUGUGACUUAACCUUGAGGAAACUUGCCAAUUGUCCAGUGAUUAUCCAAUGAGGGAGCAGCCAUAUACCUAUAACUUUGUUGAAGGAAUUUUGUUAAUGUUGGAGGAUUUAUGAGAUGCUGUGACUAGCAUUCUGCAGGAUUGGUCAGUGUCUAAACAUGCAUUGCCUGGCCAAAAAAAAAUUGUGCACUCAAAUAUUUCAUUGGAUGGCCUUCAGCUUUGAUUAUAGCAUGCAUUCGCCAUGGCAUCCUUUCAACAACCUAAUACAACGUCACAACAUUUGUUCCCAGCCAGAGUUGCAUUAAUUUUUUUUUUUUUUUACCUAGCUCUUGUCUUGACAACAGGAGAGUUGAACCACUCUGUAAAGUCUUCUCCAACACGUUGAAAAGACUUUCAGUUGGAUUAAGGUCAGGACUCUGUGGUGACCAGUUCAUGUGAGAAAAUGAUUCAUCAUACUCCCUGAAACACACUUUCACAAUUUGGGCCCUAAUUUUAUGACCUUUAUGCCUGUGCCAUCAGGGAAGAAAACAAUCCACUGAGGGGAUAACCUGGUCAUUCAGGUUGUCAGCUGACUUCUUUUUUUUAUUGCCACAUAACAUUGCUGAGCCUCGAUCUGACCAACCAAAGCAACCACAGAUCAUAACACUGCCUCCAAAGGCUUGUACAGUGGCCACUACACAUAUGAUGGGUGCAUUGCUUCAUGUGCUUCCCUUCUUACCCUGAUGCACCCAUCACUCAGGAAUAAGGUAAAUCUGGAUUCAUCAGACCUUUUUCCAUUGCUCCAGAGUCCAAUCUUUAUGCUCCAGAGCAAAUUGAAUCCUUUUCUCCCGAUUAGCCUCACUAACAAGUGAGGUUUUCAUAUGGCCACACAAAUCAUUUAGUCCCGAUCGUGUGAGUUCUUGUGGCGUUGUGCAUGUGGAAAUUAUCUUACUUUCAUUAUUAAAUGUAGCUGAGAGUUCUACGGUUGUUGUUUUUCCCCCCUUCUUUUUAAUGAUUCAACAAAACAUUAAUCUCCGAUGAUGGUCAAUCAAGAUGUUUUCUGACUACAUUUUUUCCGUGAAGUUGACAGUUUGCCACUAUCCUUUCAGGUUUUAAUAAUGCAUUGGACAGUUCUUAACCCAGUUUCAGUAAUUUCAGCAAUCUCCUUAGUUGUUUUCUUUGCUUGAUGCAGGCCAAUAAUUUGAUCCUUCUGAAACACAGUAGCAUCUUUUCCAUGACCACAGAAUAUGUCUUCCGACAUGUUUGUUAAAGAAAUGACAAGUUACUCACUGCAUCAGUUAGGGUUAAAAGAAUCGUUGCCAGCUAAAAGAUAUUAAUUACUGCAGUAAUUAUCCAAUCAAAGGCUUUUUGAUAUUUGCUUAUUUAAAUCCAAAUGGCAUCUUUUUUUGGGCAGGCAGUGUAGGACACUACAUUAUUUCAUGAGUGAGUGGAUUUUAUGCUUUUGUUUGAAAUACCAAAAAGAAAGCUUGCAAAAGAUGUGAGCCCACAAUAUUAUAUUUAGGUUUUUUGUUUUAUUUUUUUCUGAAUUUGCAAAGAAAAUGUUUGAUUUAAAUGAAAAAAGGUCUGUAUUUUAUUUUUAGAAAAAGAUAUUUACUGUGUUAAAAAGUGGUCUCCCUGUUUUGCUUUUUGUUUAAGGGUUCUGAAGCAUUCAUAGCCAUGCAAGGCUUUUAUACUUUCUUUUUCAGCACAAAAUAUACAAUAGCAUUUAUUGUUCCACAAGUAAUAAAGUUCAACAUGUAAAAGUUAGUGCAAACUUUAUUAGCUUUCUGAUGCCUCAUUUGUGGUACAUUUUGUAAAUGGCUAUUGCACACAAAAGGGGGAAAAAAAGGCAUAUCUAAAUUAAAAUCUAUCAUGAUGAAAUAAGUUGUCUCCAUCACUGUUUCCAGAGUUCUGUAGAAAAAUCAUAGAUUUGCCAAAGAUCACCCAGAAACACCUUCCACAACUAAACCAGUGGCUUGCAGACUUGGUCAUAACCUGACACAGUACUGAAUCUCUGCAAUGGUUUGGUAAUGUGGAGCACCGCAAUGCUCAACAUCAUGUUUGGGCUGGACAAGAUCCUCAACAUGUCGGGAAUUGGUGAAUACCAUAUGAACCUAGGUGAUUAGCUUCAUAAGCACUACAGGUCAUCCUGCCUUUAGUCCAUUUGUUAAUGCUUCCUUCCAGACAGAUCUCAAAUUGGGUUUUCAUUUCCUUAUUUUGGUUUCAUUAAGGUUUAUUCAGGAUCAGAUUUGCUUUGGUUGUUUUUAUUUUUGUGAAACAUGCAUGGAUAAUAUUCCUUGCUUUGCCUUCAAGGACUGUAUAAAAAAAAAGCACACUGUACAUUAAAAAAGGAUAUUUAAA